AUGACCCUGACUACAGUAUCCCUUCUGGCGACCUUCUACCUGGUCGGCUUUUCCCUAGCUUACCCGGGAGAAGCGGCGAUCGGGCGGAUUUUUAAGAGACAGGUAGUAAAUGGUGGCCCGGCUUGUCCGCCUCUGACGGUACUAAAUGGAAACGUCAAUUAUUUGCAAGCUUCCCUAACCCAGCAGUACGCCUCGGGCACGACCGGCACGCUGGCGUGCAACUUGGGCUUCACCCCCACUGGCGCCACGUCCUCUACAUGUCAAAAUGGAGCAUGGCUGCCGCUUAUUGGAAGCUGCACACCGGCCACGCCACUUGGAGGCGUCGCUCCGAUCGGCGGGAUCGGCGCACCUGGAGGCCUUGGAGCGCCAGUAUUGCCUGGCCUCGGCGCGCUGCAGUGUGGUGACAUUCUGCCCCCGCUGAACGGAGCCGUCACCUAUUCUAGCCCAGGCGCCCUCCACCCGGCCGGCUCGACGGUGACGCUCACCUGCAACGCCGGCCACGUGCUGAGCGGCACGCCCACGGCGACGUGCACUAAUGGCGCCUGGAAUCCGGCACUUUUGGGUGAGGAAUUGGCUUCAUCUAAUGCCUCGAAACCAUUCAAAACUACG